UCGAGUUCGUCACUAAUGGAUGAUAUCUUGAAUAGAGAAGACCAAAUAAUAUAAGAUAUAAUAAUACAAGUUCACUGUCUUAAUUUCAUCUCACUUUGAAGCCUUUUUCAUAUCACCUUAUUUUAAUGAGGAGGGAAAUCUUGUAUGUCCACGAAUCAAUUGAACGUGCUUGUGAGCCUGAUGAUCGCCAUCGCAUUUAUUGUGUCGGAAUCAAAAAACGCAAAAACAAACCCCGAAUUUAACCAGGAGCCCGAAGACAUACCCAAGAAAUAUUGUGGCAAAGAUCUUGCUGAUACUCUAAGGAAGCUCUGUCGUGGCGUGUACAAUACCCCUGAUAUGCCGUAUAAUAGAGAUCAAGAUGAUAGUUCAGAUAAAAAUCCUGAUAUGCCUUAUAACAGAGAUCAAGAUGAUUGUUCAGAUAAUAAUCCAGAUAAUAGUCUAGAUCUUUAUCUAGAUCUAGAUUUUGAAAAAGAAAUAGAAAAGCCCGAUUAUCCGUCUUAUUGCGAGUUAUUCCUGCAAGCAAGCGCACGGGAAUUGAAUGAACCGUUCGCCGGCAGGCGCUAUCGAAGGGAAACCCAAAAAAGGAAACACCAAAAAAAAGGCAUCGUCGAGGAAUGCUGUGACAACGCGUGCAAUUUAACCGUCCUGCGUACGUAUUGCGGGUAACUGCGGGUAACUCCCUAAGCGCUUGUCCGGAAAUCAGUAAUCCUUCGAACUCCGCUUUAACGUUCGAUCACCCAGCAACCGAAGAAUCCCACAGACACAAGUGCAUAUAUCCAUAUACUCAUGCGCGCGCGCGCGCGCGCGCACACACACACGCGCUCACGCGCACACACACACACACACACGCACGCACACACUCACACACACACACACACACAUACAUUACAUAUGUACAAUACAUGUUUGGAAAGUUUACUAGUUGCAUCAUGACUCAAUCAAAUAUAUACAUAAUUAUCACAUUAUUAUGUAUAUAUUUACGUAAUUUUUUACGAAGAAACUGAUGCUCUUGACGUAUGAUCGUGUGCGGGAUUCUUUUGUUCGCGAUUUCCUUCCGAAAGACGAAAAGGCAGCGAAG